AUGGUGCUCGACGGCCGUGUGAGGCGGUUGCAAUCGCAGUCGAAAGUGACGCCUGCGGCCUAUCCUUGUCUAUGCGAAGUGGAAUUGCUGACACAAAAAUCGGCUGAUUUAGCCCCAAAGUCAUCAGCCAAUCAGAGAACAGGAAAAGUUUGUCUGGUGCUCAGGUCCAUGAUGUCUCUUGUGCUGCCCACUUUUGCCGUAAUCCGAUUGGCUAGUCAUUGGGUUCGACGGCUCAGGUGGAUUGGUCUAGACCCUGGACCAAGGCAGACCGCGAUCGGAGGGCCUGGAUACGUGAAGUCGGAGAAAUUAGUCAACACAUCCGAAAUAUCCCGGCCUCCUCACACCCUCCACAUUGGCCGGGUCUCCCGCGCCUUCGCCGACGCCUCGUAA